AUGACCCGAUUCCGGCCCUGCAUCGACCUCCACGCCGGGCAGGUCAAGCAGAUUGUCGGCGGCACGCUCGACAGCUCGUCCGAGGCGCUCCAGACGAACCACGUCUCGCAGCACCCGCCAGAGUAUUUUGCGCAGCUGUACAGGGACAAUGGGCUCGAGGGCGCGCAUGUGAUUAUGCUGGGCGGAGGCAACGACGAGGCAGCCAGACAGGCGCUGCGGGCGUGGCCUGGCCGGCUGCAGGUGGGAGGCGGAAUCAGGGAUACGAAUGCAAAGGAGUGGAUUGAGGCGGGAGCGGAAAAGGUCAUCAUCACAUCCUACCUCUUCCCGGAUGGCCACUUCAGCCAGGAGAGACUGGAUGCCGUGCUUGCGGCUCUUGACGGCGACAAGGACAAGCUGGUGAUUGACCUCAGCUGUCGUCGUCAGGGAGACAAAUGGUUUGUCGCCAUGAACAAGUGGCAGACGUUGACAGACAUGGAAAUCAACCAAGAAUCAAUUAAGCAGCUGGAGCCAUACUGCUCAGAGUUCCUCAUCCAUGCCGCAGACAAUGAAGGACUGCAAGGGGGCAUAGACGAGGAGCUCGUCGAGCGCCUGGCGGAGUGGUGCUCGAUCCCCGUCACAUAUGCCGGCGGAGGGCGGCACCUGGAGGACUUGGACACGGUCAAGAGGCUGAGCCGGGGCAAGGUCGAUCUCACGAUAGGGAGUGCUCUGGACUGUUUCGGCGGGGCGGGCGUCAAGUUUGAGGAUUGUGUGCGGUGGAACAGGAGCCAAAGCUGA